CACUCAGUUAAAAUUGGUUAGUUGCUUAUUGAGGAACUUUGUAUGUUUUGUAUCAUGUUGCCUCACGCCUGAGUCGUUUUGGUGAUGUAUUUUAAUCUUUAGACUCAAAGAAGAACUCUGAGAAACGUAAAAGCGAAGGGAAACCUUCUGUCAAGAAGAAAAGGACGCGAUGAUGGCGAGAAUUCGCGGAACAGGUGGAAACUGGAUUUAGGAAUGACCUUCAGAAUGUCAUCAUGAACGACAUUUUCAAGUUCACAUUGCAUUCUUGGAAAUUGGACAUUGGUGAAGUGAAUCAGCUAUACUUCUUGUGUGAUCUGGCGGAAAGACCACGAUAAAAAUUGGAGCAAAAUCUUCAAAUGAAAUAUACUGAAGAAAGGCAUCGUAGACGGGCAGGAAAUGUUCGACUCGAUGACAGUUCUUUUUUAAAAAUAAUAUUAGUUAAUGUUGCCGCUGUUUGUUAGUCAUUUACCAAGAAGUAUUUCAUAAUGUUCAGACCUUCGUCACUUUUGAAUCACGCAAACACAUUCUAAUAUAUUUUUUUAAAAAUACAUUUGUAGGAGAAAUGCACGCGCAGAGCUCUUUUUAAGUUACAUGUAAACAGGAAUUACAGUUCGAUGUUAUCGUUACAGGGAAACUGCUCAUUGAAAUGUGGAACGCUUUCGCCGGCGAGUCGGAUGUAAAUUAAUUCAUCUCAAUUGCGCUUGACUGAACAGUUAAAAUUACCAUUUUGUCUCAUGGAAUCUUGAAAUACGCAGUCAAUAAUUAAGUGAAUGAGUGUGAUUCAACCGAUUCUGGGGGUGAUACCUGCCAAACUGCAAGUUUAUUGUAAAACAUUGUGUGCCAAUGGUUUAUUUUUCGGCGGGCUAUUUGUGUUUUCAGGAAAGUUGUUCAGAGUUUUGCUGCCCUCUCGAAUACAGUUGUGCCCCAAUAUGUUACUGACCGGUGGUGAUGUAAACUUAAGGUUCUUUAGAUUUCUUUAGAACUCUCACUGCAUUUCAGGGCAACACUAUUCAUUUCACUGUGGCUAGGAAGAAAAGAUGACAAAUUGAGAGAGAACGUCCGAUCGAGUAAGAUUAGUGCGACUUCGAAUUUUAUCAUAGUUUAAAAUAAUCGAGCGUGGAAUAAACAAAAAACGAAAUGUGGAGAAACAUGAUUGGUUGGGAGUAGUUGGCAGGAAAAUGUAUCGUGUUUAGUGAGGGCGCCAUCUAUUGUGAAUAGCGAGCAUUCGAUGACAGUAAUUUACACUGAGCUGAUCAGAAAUCUGACAACACGGCAAGUAAUUUGUGAAGAGAUUAUUUACCCUUCAAGAUGCACUCGUCUCUUAUCAUGUGGUCUAUUCUGUCGCUAUCAUGUGUUACUGUGAUCGUAUCCGCAACAGUUGAUGACAGUAACGGUUCAACCGGGUCAAAGGCAUCCACGGCUCCCACGGAAAAGAGCGACAGUCCAGAUAUCGUUAACGUGAAUCAAGAUUCACGCAUCAUCGAGAAAGCCAUCAAAUCUCUUGAAACAAGUUUGGAGAAAAACCUCCAGCGACUCAUACACGUAGUCAACGCUACAUCUGGUGGAAAUCGUCCCGAUGAACCUGAUACCUUUUCAUCGUGUAAAGAGAUUUACGUGAAUCACAAAUGGGAAGGCAACAAAGCUUACCUUCUCCAAGUGGGUUCUGUGAAGAUUCCUGUUUUCUGUUACAUGACUGGCCUUGGGCCAUGCGGCGGCGGUGGAUGGACCCUGGUCAUGAAAAUUGAUGGCGCUAAGUCAACCUUUCGUUACGAUUCCAACUUCUGGAGCAACAAAAUCGACUUUAACUUUCCAGGAGGUAAGACUUUGUUUGAUGCACAAGAGGCCAAGUUACCAACCUACUGGAACACACCUUUCUCCAAGAUUUGUCUUGGUAUAAAGAUCGGCCAACAGAUGAAACUCAUUCGCAUCAACAAGCGUGCAAAGUCUCUGUACUCACUGAUCGCUGACGGGCAAUACCGCGCCACCUCACUGGGUCGUAACACGUGGAAGACGUUGAUUGGUUCACAGGCCUCCUUGCAGCUCAACUGUAACAGGGAAGGGUUCAAUGUUGUGAGUACGUCUUCUAAUUCCUAUUCUAAAGCGAGAAUCGGAAUUGUUGGUAACAACCAAAAUGACUGCACCUCUUGCGACUCCAGAAUCGGGUUUGGUACAGGAGGGACUCCCGAUGACUCCAACGCGUGUGGAAAUGUGGCAAAAUACUCGAAUGAUAAUGGAGAGAAAUUCAUCAAAGCCAUGGGUUACAUCCUGGUGCAGUGAGAAGAAAAGUGGCAUAGCAACUUUAGAAACCGGUAGAUGUUGUGCUGAUCAUAGAAAAACAGGAAAGUGCAAAUUUGAAGCUAAAAUGAUAUUGACAAUUUAUCUUUUGUCAGUAGGUCCUGUCAGUUUUUUUUUUUAUUAUUAUUAUUUUUUCUGAGAAACAACUGUAGAAAAUUAUAUAACAAAUAAACGUGUGUUGGGAAUUGA